CAAUUCAGCUUUGUCUCCCUGCCCACGGAUGUCCUGGAAAUAGAAGUUAAAGACAAAUUUGCAAAGAGCCGACCGAUCAUCAAGCGUUUCCUGGGAAAACUGUCUAUGCCGGUUCAACGCCUCUUGGAAAGACAUGCCAUAGGGGACAGGGUUGUAAGCUACACUCUGGGUCGAAGGCUUCCUACAGAUCAUGUCAGUGGCCAGCUGCAGUUCCGAUUUGAGAUAACUUCUUCCAUCCAUCCAGAUGAUGAAGAGGUCUCCAUUAGUGCAGAUCCUGAGCCAGCUGACCUCCAGGAAAGCCCUGUCAACAACCCCACAGAGGAAAGCCUCGGUGAGCCUCCAUGCAUCAACACAGUGACCUCAGAAAGUACAGCUCCAGAAGAGCUAAAUGGAUACAGUGUGAACAGUGUCGAUAGCCCAGGGGCUGUCAAACGACCUGGGGAAGUCAACCAGAACAGCUUAAAUGAAGAGCUAGCAGGAGAUGGGGAGGUUGAUGCGGUGCCAGUUCCUGAGCCCUUGGAAUCCAUCCCAGGAGAAGUGCUGCCUUCUUUGAGUGCUACGGACCUCACGGAGCAGCUGGCUCUGCUGGCUUGCAUGUCUCCUCCUGAGACUGAAGUUAGGGAAAAUAACAAAGUCAAUUCUGGCACUCAGGGAGAUGAUGGAGUCUUGACCAGCAUAGAAACGUUAGAUAUUGAUGAGGUGAGUGCAGAUGUGCAUGCUGGCAAGGACGUAGAGAAGAGUCAGGAAGAAGAAGGGGCUUCAGCCCAGGAGGAGGAAGACAACAAGCUACAACUGAGGACCACAGCAAAGAGGAAAAACAGGCCAUGCUCCCUGCCUGUAUCUGAACUUGAGACAGUCAUAGCUUCGGCUUGCGGUGAGCCAGAGACCCCUCGCACACACUACAUACGGAUCCACAACCUGCUCCACAGCCUGCCCUCAGCACGGAUGAGCAGUGAUGGGGAAGAAGAGCAAGAUGGUGGCAACGGUGGGGAGAACGAUGAGGAGUCUACAGUCAAGGAGGCGCUGGAGAAGGAGGUGGUCAGUGAGAGUGAGACAGUGGCAGCAGAGCCCCCUCUGGAAAAUGAGGCUGAAGAGAACUUCAGCCAGAGCACGGUGCCUCCUGGGACCUUGGAUGAGCAACUCUGUGACUUAAACGAUGGGCUGUUGGAUGGGGAACACCCCAGGACAGGAAGUGAGAGCGAGUCGAGCUCCAGGCCCAACGGUGACAAUGAAUGUGAGGCGUGCGACACUUCUUGCUACAGUCCCUCCUGCUACAGCACUUCCUGCUACAGCACCUCCUGCUACAGCACUUCUUGCUACAGCACCUCCUGUUAUGACAGUAACAAUCGCUUCUCCAGCCAUACCCGCUUCUCCUCCGUCGACAGUGCAAAGAUUUCUGAGAGCACGGUCUUUUCCUCACAGGAUGAUGAUGAGGAGGAGAACAGUGCGUUUGAGUCAGUGCCAGAUUCAGUACAGAGCCCUGAGCUGGACAGGGAGCAAGUGGAUGGCUCCUCCCAGUGGCCAGAUGAACUAGUAGCUCAUGGUGGGAAUCCACAAAGAGCCACAGAGAGUCUAGACACCCCAAUAGCAGGUCCAAGCAGCAGAAGAGAAGGUGAUUGUCCUUUACUCCAUAAUUCUCAGCCAGUCAGCCAGCUUCCUUCUCUGAGGCCUGACCAUCAUCACUACCCAACUAUCGAUGAGCCUCUUCCACCAAAUUGGGAAGCUCGGAUAGACAGCCAUGGGAGGGUAUUCUACGUUGAUCACGUCAACCGAACCACCACGUGGCAGCGCCCCACAGCCGCAGCAACGCCAGAUGGGAUCCACAGGUCUGGCUCCAUCCAGCAAAUGGAGCAGCUGAACCGGCGAUACCAAAAUAUCCAGCGAACUAUUGCAACAGAGCGGACUGAAGAUGAUGCUGUAGUAAACAACAGGGUGGAGAGAGUUCCCACCGGAGGAGGAAGUGACUCUGAGGCAGAGCCUUCCCAGCCAACCUCAGAGAUUAGGAGAGAAGGUUCCCUUUCUCCUGUGAAUUCUCAAAAAAUCACCUUGUUGCUGCAGUCUCCAGCUGUGAAGUUCAUCACCAAUCCUGAGUUCUUCACUGUGCUGCAUGCAAACUAUAGUGCCUAUCGAGUCUUCACUAAUAGUACCUGCUUGAAGCAUAUGAUUCUAAAGAUCCGUAGAGAUGCUCGUAAUUUUGAGCGCUAUCAGCACAACAGAGACCUGGUAAAUUUUAUCAACAUGUUUGCUGAUACCCGACUGGAACUUCCGCGUGGCUGGGAGAUAAAAACUGACCAGCAGGGCAAGUCUUUCUUCGUUGACCACAAUAGCCGUGCUACCACUUUCAUAGAUCCCAGGAUCCCGCUGCAGAAUGGUCGUCUCCCUAAUCACCUGACUCACAGGCAACAUCUUCAGCGACUUCGUAGCUACAGCGCUGGAGAGGCCUCUGAAGUUUCUCGGAACAGAGGAGUUACUCUAUUGGCCAGACCAGGCAAUAGUCUCGUAACAGCUAUUCGAAACCAGCACCACCAUGAGACAUUACCUCUGGCUUACAAUGACAAGAUUGUUGCAUUUCUACGCCAACCCAACAUUUUCGAGAUGCUUCAGGAGCGUCAGCCCAGCUUGGCCAGAAAUCAUGCACUCAGGGAGAAGAUCCAUUACAUUCGGACAGAGGGUACACAUGGGCUUGAAAAAUUGUCCUGUGAUGCAGAUUUAGUAAUUCUGCUGAGCCUUUUUGAAGAGGAUAUUAUGUCCUACAUACCACUGCAGGCUGCCUUCCAUCCUGGUUACAGUUUCUCUCCUCGCUGCUCUCCUUGUUCAUCACCCCAAAACUCUCCAGGACUGCAGCGAGCAAGUGCAAGAGCACCUUCUCCAUACAGGAGGGACUUCGAAGCCAAGCUGCGCAAUUUCUAUCGAAAACUUGAAGCCAAAGGGUAUGGGCAAGGUCCAGGUAAAAUUAAGUUAAUUAUACGACGUGACCACUUGCUGGAAGGCACCUUCAACCAGGUAAUGGCAUAUUCACGCAAGGAGCUCCAGCGGAACAAACUCUACGUCACGUUUGUUGGCGAGGAAGGGUUGGACUACAGUGGCCCCUCCCGAGAAUUCUUCUUCCUUCUGUCUCAGGAGCUCUUCAAUCCCUAUUACGGGCUGUUUGAGUAUUCAGCCAAUGACACUUACACUGUACAGAUCAGCCCCAUGUCUGCCUUUGUUGAAAAUCACCUAGAAUGGUUCAGGUUCAGCGGGCGUAUUCUCGGCCUUGCUCUCAUUCAUCAGUACCUUCUUGAUGCUUUCUUCACAAGGCCGUUCUACAAAGCACUACUAAGGCUGCCGUGUGAUUUAAGCGAUUUAGAGUACCUGGAUGAAGAGUUCCAUCAGAGCUUGCAGUGGAUGAAGGAUAAUAACAUCACAGAUAUCCUGGAUCUCACCUUCACAGUGAACGAGGAGGUGUUUGGACAGGUGACAGAGAGAGAGUUGAAAUCUGGCGGGGCAAAUACAGCAGUGACAGAAAAGAACAAAAAAGAGUACAUCGAGAGAAUGGUUAAGUGGCGAGUGGAACGAGGAGUGGUUCAGCAAACAGAGGCCCUGGUCCGUGGCUUCUACGAAGUUGUAGACUCCAGGCUCGUGUCUGUUUUUGAUGCCAGAGAACUGGAGCUGGUUAUAGCUGGCACUGCAGAAAUAGAUCUCAAUGACUGGCGUAACAAUACAGAAUAUCGUGGAGGAUACCAUGAUGGACACAUAGUAAUUCGGUGGUUCUGGGCAGCAGUGGAGAGAUUUAACAAUGAGCAGAGACUCCGGUUGUUGCAAUUCGUCACUGGAACAUCAAGCGUGCCAUACGAGGGCUUUGCAGCUCUCCGAGGGAGCAAUGGACUACGGCGCUUCUGUAUAGAGAAAUGGGGGAAAAUAACCUCCCUCCCAAG